AAAUAAAAAAGAAUGAAGCAGUACCACAAUAAGCAGCAUUUCAGCCACGAACACAUCCUGGCACCCCUCCAUCUAGACGCCGGCGAAGAAAUCAAAUGCGACGGCUGCGAAGAACUUGUCUCCGACACCUUCUACGGCUGCCUUGAGUGCAAUUUCUUCCUCCACCCGGUUUGCUCGGAGGCCCCUCGGUCCAUGGUGCACCCCUCCCACCCGGACCACCCGCUAACCCUCCAUCAGAACCCAACCUACUCGAGCCGAGCCUACUGCUGCGACGCGUGUGGGUCCGGCGGCAAAGGCUUCAGCUUCAGCUGCGCCCACUGCGAGUUCGAUCUCCACAUCCUCUGCGCGGCUCUUGCGCCGACUUUCCUCUUCAAGAAGGAGCACCCGCACGAGUUCAAACUCGUGUGCGAGCCGGAGAGGGCCAACAAGCUCACGUGCUACAUAUGCAGUGUCGGGAACCAGGGGUACUGGCUGUACUACUGCGGCGCGUGCGGUAUUGGCGCGCAUGUGAAUUGCUUGUCGUCCAAGCAUGAGGAGGAUAAAGGGAGAGUGAAUGAUGGUGGUGGGACUAAGACGAAGAAGCAGGUUUCUGUUAAGGGGGAGUCGUCGUCUUCUUCGUCGGUAUCGGUCGGUCGGAAAACGGAAGCGGAGGCGAGACGUGUGGAGGAGGCGACGCUGGAGGCGCAGAGGCAGCUGCUGGAAAAGAGGCUGGCGCAGCAGUUGAUGCUUGAUGCUAUGGAUAAUGCUAGUGACUAUGUUGGACCGCCCUAUACCAGAAAAUACUAUUACUAUUGA